AUGUUCACCACAUUAUAAAUGCCCGUACGUAUGUCUUUUACAAAUAUGUAGGUAUAUGAAGUCGACAUGAGUAUUGAGUACUACUAGCUCCAGCUACAUGAUACGGAGUGGUCUCUCUCACUUAUAUUUCUUUUCGUUUCGUUUCAUUUUUUGCACAUCUUCGAUUUUUCAAUGAGACAAAUUCAUAAAGUGUUGUAAAAAAAAGAGUUUUGGUUGUUUUAAUUUUCUCUUUCGUUCUUCCGUUGUUGCAGUGAAACAAUUUAAAUACAUACAGAGAAUAAAUUCGUGUGCACAAAAUCAACUGAAUCAUUCUUCAUGAGUAAAUAAAUUUCCAUAUUUCCAUUUUUAUAUUUGAGAAGGAAAAGAAAAAAAAAGUUAACCGAAGGCAAAUGAAAAAACUUCAGUUCCCAUAUUAAAUUCACACUGUAGUGCCCCGUAGAAUUGAAUUGUAAAGAAUAAGGAAGAAGAAGUAAAGAAAAAAAACGGAGUCAGCUUGUGUGUCAAAGGCAUUAAAAUAGAGAGAAUAUAAACAAAAAAAAUGGCUGAGCAUCGAUAUUGACAAUGUAGCGAAGACACAUCGAGAGAAAACGCAAAGAGAGACAGUAGCCCAAUAUACAAAUAGCAACCAAUAUAAAUUAUAUCUCUAUCCCAUCAUUAUCAUCAUCAUCAUAUGCACAAAUCGUUUUCAUACAUAUUCGUUUUUUGUUGUUGUUUCAUUCGUUGUAUCGUUUUCUAAAUGCACACCAUUUCAUUUGCAAACUAACGACAAACUAUUCUUUUUUCUUUUUUCAUUUUCGUUGAAAACCAAACCAAAAAAAAACAAAAUUAAAACGAAAUAAAAAAAACAACAAUUCGCCAAACAACACAACGUUUUCGGUUCUCGUUCAAACAAACAAAAAAUACUAUUACUCUAUCGAUUUGAGGUUAUUUUAUUGGUUUUUUCGCAUUUACUGAGCACAUUCGAAAUAUUGGUGUGAACGUAAAAAAAGUGUUUACAACGUGUUUGCUGAAAAUCGUCGCGGUGAGACAUUGGACAAUUGUUCGCAAAACGAAUCAACAACAACAACCAAUGGACACAUUCACCACUGCCAAAGUACAAAUGCCAGAUACGAUUACAUCGUUGAACAAAUUAACAAAUGAUGAUGAUGAUGAUGCAAAGCAGCAGGAGCACCAGCACCAUAUAUUUGAAGUGGAUGAAAAUCAGGAAAACAAUGGACUGAAACGGCAACGUUUGAACGACACAACUAGUAUACAAAUGUCGAAAAUUCGCAAUAAAUCGCAACAGCAACAGCAAACAUGUGCUAGCGACCAUAUGCAUGAGUAUCAUUUGCAAACAAUGCGAUGUCUAACGGCGGCCACCGAAUCACCCACAAACGCAACAAAUGGCACGAUUUCGUUGAAGGUCACCACACCGCAUUCAAUUUCAAAUGGGUAUCAUCACAUUGAAAAUGGGCGAGAAAGUGUUCUAAGUGUUCUAUCGACGCCAUCUGAUGAUAUUCUUGCAAAUUUAUGUGACGGCCAAAAUGACGGCUAUUUAGAUUCAAUGGUGUCCAGUGAUUUGAGUGAUGCUGAAAUGAAGUUGGCGGUGGAAAAAGAGAAAUCUACCGUGGAUAGUUUGAGCAACGGUAACGAUCAAAACGGUUGUAGUCGCGCUAUCAUUAGAGGUCAUCGUCGCACACGUGCUCGCAGCUCUGACUCAAUUCAAGCUGAAUUUUAUCAAGCACGCAAAAUGCGUCUCCAACACGAGUCGGAUCUGAUCACAAAUGGUAACAACGAUAAUGAUAGUCAGUCACAUUGCAACGCAAUCGCGUACACGACGCACGUUCAUACAACACGUGGAAAAAGUUUAUCACCACCAAAAGUGGCAGCGCUCCGAAAGCAAACCAUUCAUUCGACAGCAUACUUGAGUCGUAGCCUAAAUCAACGUCACAUCGCCCGACCAUUUUUUUUGCGGAAGCAAAAAUUAAUUGCAAAAGCCAAACAGCAGCAACUACAACAACAUCAAGCUCGAUUAUCACCAUCCGCAACUAGUCCAACGGCAAUGGGUAAAACGAUCGCUCGAGUCGAUAUAACACCGCCAAAGGAAACAACAACACUCGAAAAACCAAAUGCUGAAGAAAACGCGGAGAAAGGCAAUUUAAGUGAUUCAGAAUAUAGUAGUCUUGAAGAUGAUGACGAUGUUCAAGAUCCAACGGAUAGUGAUGAAAACGAUUUGACUGAUUCAGAAGACUAUAGUUUGGAUAAUCGGGCCAUUUAUAAUUCCUUCAACGAUGGCACCGAACUGUACCCAAUGUUGGCCGAUAGCGUUCAAGGUCGUUCACCUAAAUCGGCACCGUUGACACCAAGCCUCUUCCCCCAUGUGCCACCGUAUAUUACGUUUGCAUCGCACGAAGGAAAGGGCCCACAGAUGCCAUUAACCAUAAAAAAAGUUCUAAAAUGGAAAUUAACCACCAUAACACCGAUAGUUAUAAGGAAAAUUCUACUCAACUCAGGCUUUAGACUGUUGAAACAAACCAAUGAUUGGAUGGGAACAUGGGGAAAGCAUAUGAAGAGUCCUUGCUUCCGUACAUUGCGACCGUAUCAAAAGAUGAACCACAUACCGGGCACAUUUCAAAUCGGACGAAAGGAUAAAAUCUGGCGCAAUUUGCAAGCGCAAAUGAUGCAAAACGGAAAGAAAGAGUUCAAUUUCAUGCCACUCACCUAUGUCUUGCCACAGGAUAUAAAGAAAUUGAAACGUCUCUGGAAACUAUUCGAUCAGCGUAACACCAAAUGGAUUAUCAAACCGCCAGCUUCCGCCCGAGGUACGGGCAUCAAAGUGGUUAGUCGAUGGAAUCAAAUUCCAAAGCGAAAACCAAUGAUUGUACAGAAAUACAUCGAUCGACCAUUACUUAUCAACGGUAGCAAAUUCGAUUUGCGACUCUAUGUAUUGGUCACAUCGUUGAAUCCACUCCGUGCAUACAUGCAUACGGAUGGUUUGGCCCGAUUCGCUUCCGUAAAGUACUCGAACAGUAUUGAUACGCUUAGUGAUCGAUACAUGCAUUUGACCAACUAUAGUAUAAACAAAUUGUCAUCAAACUAUACGAAAAACGAGGAUGCUGAAUCGUGUAGCGGCCAUAAAUGGACACUGAAAACAUUGUGGAAAUACUUUACGGCGCAGGGCAUUAACACGGAUGGACUAUGGGCAGCGCUACGGAAUUUAGUGUUACGUACGAUUUUAAGUGGUGAACAUGUGAUUAAUCAAAUGACCAAAGCAAACGUAGGCAGCCGAUACAACACGUUUGAACUUUUUGGUAUUGAUGUGAUUUUAGAUUCCGCGCUAAAACCCUGGUUGCUCGAGGUAAAUAUAUCGCCAUCGUUGCAUUCAUCGUCUCCGCUCGAUUUAUACGUCAAGGGACCACUUGUAACGGCUCUAUUGAAUACGGUACGUUUCAAUGUACCGCCACGCUUCAAUAUUUCCCAACAAUCCGAACUGAUGACUGAACUCGGAUUGACCGGCCAUAAUUUGUGCUAUGAUCGACGAUUGCAUGUCGUUAACUUAUCGAAAGGUGAACGCUCCAAACACAAUCAAUUCACAAGCAAAGCGAUUACACAGCGUGAUCAAUAUUUAGAUUCGAUUUUAGAAAAUCUAACCCCUGACGAUAUUCGCUGUUUAAUUGCCAGCGAAGAUGAGCUAGCUCGGUGUGCCCCGUUGGAACGUGUAUGUCCAACACCGCAUUCACAUCGAUACAUUCAAUUCACUGAAAAACCAUGCUAUUACAAUCGGCUAUUGGAUGCAUGGGAGAAACGGUACAGCGCUAAUCGUGACGAUGGCAUUGAAUUAUUGCGAAAACACUGUGAAAAUCGAACACAUUUAAUUAUACCGAUUCCAUGUGCGAAACUAAAUGCCAAAAAAGCUGCCGAAAAUGAGGUAAAAACGACAACCAAUCCAAUCGAACUGAAUACAUCAGAGCAUGAAAUUGAUGAAGUGUUUGAUGCUUCCAUACGGGCCGUUCCACAUAAGCGCUCCGAUUACGUAGACACCACCACAACGGCCAAAAUUAUCGAUGAAUGCAAAAGUCCACUUCCAAUGCCAGACGAUCAAAUUAACGAAGCAGUUAUUGACCAACAUGAUAUACUAGUAUCAUCAAUCGCCUGAUUUAGUUUACAAUACUCAAACCAAUCAUAAGAAAUUCGUACACUCUAAUAAAUCGCAUGAUCAUUUAGAAAAAAACAAACAAAGGAGAUGGAGAAGGAGCAAAAAAAAACGAGGCAAAACUAAAAUAAAAACCAAUUCACCAUUUUAUUUAAGACACGCUCACGAUUGGAGAGACACUCGGUUUAAGUAUGUACAAAUGGAAAAUCAACCAUAAAAUAAAACAAAACAAAACAAAGAAUAAACUUUUUGCUUGUGUUAUCGUCAUUUCAUUUCCAAACUUAAGAAACUGUAUAUGUAUUAAAUUUUGCUUUAAACAAGAAAGUUCAUUCUAGUAGCACGAAAGAAAACUUUUUUCAUUUUAGUAGAACAGAACAGGACCAUUCAUUUGAGUGAAACAAAGAAAAAGACAAUUUUGUUUGUGAAAGUAAAUAUAUAUCAUUUUUAUUGUAA